CACACUGAUCAUACACGUCCGAAACAUGUUCAACAACCUCGUUGUAUAACCAGUGUGACCAGACUGUCAUACAAAUGUAUGAUACGACAACGUUUAACAACAUGUUGUGAAACGUGUUGCGAUGUAUUUGGACACCGUUCAAAAGCAGCAGUGUUCCGUGCGACGAUUUUGAGUGAAAUAAAAAUUUGCGUCACAUCACACUGACAUUCAUUUAUAUUUACGAAAGCAUGUUGCGUUUUGGAAACCAUGUGACAACAGCUAAUGGCGACAUUUGUUUAGUUCACUUUGGUGAAGGCUCCUGACCGUCCAGACGAUAGAAAUGGCGAGCUCUUUUCCGGUGCACUUGGAGGCCGAUCUGAUCACUUUGGUGGAAGAACGGCCUGCCUUGUGGCAGAUUAAACACCACGACUAUCACAAGAAAGACGUUCGCGAGAGAUUGUUUGGGGAAAUCGCGCUUGAACUUGGAGUGGAGGUUGCCGCUGUAAAGGCAAAAUGGAACUCGCUCCGAUCGGCGUUUGCCAGAGAGCAAAGGAAGACUUUAGCCAAGCGGUCAGGGGACGGCGGAGAUCAGGCGUACGUUUCGUCGUGGACUCAUUUCAAGAGGAUGAGGUUCAUCGCAUCUGGAAAUCCAAGGAGCGGUAGCGACUCCAGCCUCGACGAGUCGUCAUCUUCCCCCUUAACCCCGACUCCCGCCGUUCAGGCUCUACUGGAGUCGACACAAAGAAGUGUUGCAAUUGUUGAGGAUGAUGAUGAACGACAUGAAGUCGGUCGUGCCCUGAUGGAGGAAGACCUUGAGCCUGUGGCCACGCAGUCGACUGCCCGUGCAGAGCACUUUUCUCCAGUGAGCACACACGGCUCACAACCUCGCAAAAGGGCUCGGACAGCUACAGAAGAGUCCCCAACGGUGCUGGAGCGACGGACACUACUCUUGCAAGCAGCCAUCGAUAGACUGAACCGGCCGGCUGCUACUUGCCAAACAGAUGAGGUCGAUGAUUAUGUCAAACGGCUAGCAAAUGUGUUGCGCCGCGUUCCAUCUGGACUGCAGCGUGAAAAACUAUUUCACGCGUUAAUGACUAAGGCACUUAACACAGUGUUUGAAACGACAGACUUUGGCAUAGAGUUUUGAACCACUUUGGAUCUACAGUGUUCUUUUUUUUGCGCGGUACGUUGAGAUGUAUUUGGAGUGACAACGGCAGGAGUUUCAUGCUCAAAUAAACAUUUAUCUGUAAUUUUU